GGCAGCUCCACUGGGAGGCUGGAAGGAAGAAACACAGUCAGAGGAAUCCCCGUAAACAGGCCCAGACAUGCCUGAGCCCCAGAAGACAGAAGCCGAGGGCGACAAGGCUGCAGCGCCCCCUGCUGAGAAAACGGAACCAGGAGAGCUGUCGGAGCUGUCCGGUCUGUUCGUCGUGAAGCCGGAGAGUGUCACUGCUACGAAAGGGAGGGACAUUACGUUUGUGGCUAAAGUGGACUCAUCCAGCCUGCCGAGGAAGCCGGCGAUGAAAUGGUUGAAGGGGAAGUGGCUCGACCUGGCGAGCAAGGCUGGAAAACACAUCCAGUUUAAAGAGUCUUAUGACAGAGACACCAAGAUCUACUCUUACGAGAUGAGCAUCAUCAAAGUGGUGGACGGAGACGCAGGUGGCUACCGCUGCGAGGUCACCUCCAAAGACAAGUGCGACAGCUGCACGUUCGAAGUCUCCGUGCAAGCUGCACAAGAGGACCAGCAGGACAACAUCUUGGAGGCUUUUAAGCGAUCCGGUGAUGCAGAUGAGGAUGCUGGUGACCUAGACUUCAGUGUGUUGCUUAAAAAAAGGAAGGAGAAGAAACAGCAGGAGCCGAAAGAGGAAGUGGAUGUUUGGGAAAUCCUAAAGGCAGCCAAGCCCUGCGACUACGAGAAGAUUGCCUUUCAGUACGGCAUCACGGACCUGAGGGGCAUGCUGAAGAGGCUGAAGAAGAUGAAGGCGGAGCAGAAGAAGAGUGACGCUUUCCUGACCAAGCUGGAUUCGGCCUACUCUGUGGAAAAGGGGAAGAAGAUCCAGCUGACAGUGGAGUUGGCUGACCCCACAGCUUCAGUCAAGUGGCUCAAAAACGGGCAGGAAAUCAAACCAUCGGCCAAGUAUGUGUUUGAGAGCGUGGGCAACAAGCGGUCACUCACCAUCAACAAGUGCAACCUGUCGGAUGACGCGGCGUACGAGUGCGUCGUCGAGGAGGAGAGGUGCUUCACGGAGGUUUUUGUCAAAGAGCCUCCGGUCACCAUCACUAAGCCCCUGGACGACGUCCACACCGUGGUGGGGGAGAAGGUGGAGUUUGAGGUGGAGGUGUCAGAAGAAGGAGCCAACGUUAAAUGGAUGAAAGAUGGAGUGGAGCUGAACCGAGACACGGCCGGUUCAAAGUACCGGCUGAAAAAAGACGGGCUGAGACACAUUUUGAUCAUAAAUGAAGCCACUAAGGAGGACAUGGGGACGUACUACGCUUUCACCAACGGUGGCGACUCGAAGGCAGAGCUGGAGGUCGAAGAUAAGGAGCUGGAGAUCCUGCAGAGCAUGGCAGACCUGACGGUUAAGGCGGAGGAGCAGGCUGUGUUUAAGUGCGAGGUGUCUGAUGAAAACGUUACAGGAAAAUGGUUCAAGGACGGUGUGGAAGUCCAGGCCAGCGAUCGGAUCAAAAUAUCUCACAUUGGAAGGACACACAAGCUGACGAUUGACGACGUGAAGCCUUCAGACGCUGGAGAUUACACGUUCGUCCCAGACGGUUACGCGUUGACCCUUUCUGCAAAACUGAACUUUCUGGAGAUCAAGAUUGAAUAUGUUCCCAUAGAAGAUCCUCCUAAAAUUCACAUGAAUACUGACGGCAACAAGAACACCAUCAUGGUGGUGGCUGGAAACAAGCUUCGCUUCGACGUGGAGAUCACCGGAGAGCCGGCGCCCGAAGUGCGCUGGAUGAGAGGAGACCAGGUGGUCUCUGAGGAUGAGGGACGGGUACGCGUGGAGACGGAGAAGACCGUGAGCAGCUUUGUGAUAGAGGGGGCGGUGAGAGACGACGAGGGGACCUACACCAUCUCUGUGAUCAACCCUGCAGGCGAGGACACGGCGGACCUCUUCAUCAAAGUCGUGGAUGUGCCCAACCCUCCUGAGAAUGCAAAGUGCACAUCAGUUGGCGAGGACUCUGCCACGAUCACAUGGGACCCUCCAUCGUUUGACGGUGGACUUCCUGUUAAAGGGUAUCUGAUGGAGAGGAAGAAGGUCGGCUCGUCCAGGUGGACCAAACUGAACUUUGAUGUUUAUGAGUCCACCACAUAUGAGGCGAAGAAGAUGAUUGAAGGUGUGCUUUAUGAGAUGAGGGUGUUCGCUGUGAACAGCAUUGGCGUCUCUCAGCCCUGCGCAAACUCCAAGCCCUUCAUGCCCAUCGCCCCCACCAGCGAGCCCACUCGCCUCGUGGUGGAAGACGUGACGGACACGACCUGCGCACUCAAGUGGCGACCACCAGACAAAAUUGGAGCGGGCGGCAUUGAUGGCUACAUCAUCGAGUAUUGUAAGGAUGGAGGAGACCAGUGGAUUCAGGCCAACAAGGAGCCUGUGGAGAUGAACCAGUACAGGGUCAAAGGUCUCCCAGUGGGGGAGAAGAUGCUGUUCAGAGUGGUGGCCAUAAACAUUGCUGGUCGCAGCCCGCCCGCCACUCUGUCUCAGGCUGUCACCAUCAAGGAGAUCAUGGAAAAUCCAAAGAUCUGUCUUCCUCGCAACCUGAGAACAAAACUCAUCACUACUGUGGGUGAGAAGGUGAACCUGGUCAUCCCGUUCCAGGGAAAGCCCCGUCCCGUCGUGACCUGGUCGAAGGACGGCGUCCUCAUGGAGGACAAGACUGUGGGGACCCGUACCAGUGAUGUGGACACCGUCCUCUUCAUCCGCUCUGCAGAGAGAAGACACUCCGGAGCGUACACUCUGUCUGUGCAGAUCGAGAACAUGGCUGACAGCGCUGACAUCCACAUCCAGGUCGUAGAGAAGCCCGGCCCGCCCAUCGACGUGCGCGUCACUGACGUCUGGGGCUUCAACGCCGCGCUGGAGUGGAAGCCGCCCAAAGACGACGGCAACUGCGAGCUCAUCGGCUACACCGUGCAGAAACGAGACCUGAAGACAAAGGAGUGGUUCACGGUGCUCGAGCACAACCGCAGGCCCAGCUGCACCGUGUCCGACCUGAUCAUGGGCAACGAGUACCGUUUCCAGGUGUUCAGUGAAAACAUCUGUGGCCUCAGCGACCAACCCGGAGUCAGCAAGAACACGGCCGUCAUCAUGAAAACAGGUCAGAUGUUUGCUCCUAAACCGUUCAAAGAGAAGGACAUGAGCCUCUCCCCCAAAUUCACCGCUCCUCUGGUGGACAGAAGUGUGGUCGCAGGCUACUCUGCAGCCAUCAGCUGUGCUGUUCGUGGAUACCCGAAGCCCAAGAUCAUCUGGAUGAAGAACAGCAUGGCCAUCGACGGAGACCCCAAGUUCCUGAUGCAGAACAACCAGGGCGUGCUGACUCUGAACAUCCGCAAGCCGAGCCUGUUUGACGGGGGCCGGUACUCCUGCAGGGCCGUCAACGAGCUCGGGCAGGACGAGGUGGAGUGCAGGCUGGAUGUUCGAGUUCACCAAGAGAAAGCAGAAGAGCCGAAGAAAUGAACGCAACAGCCGAGGAUGUAGCUGAUCAGUAAUGGAUGCUGUAGAACGGAAUGGUCACGAAUGAAUAUGAUCAGAAUAGAUGGCCGCUCAUCUGCAAACAAUUGUUUGAUGAAUCAGUAAUGUGCCAUAAAUUCUUCCAGCGAACUGCACCUUGUUCCACCCGUCCUGCAUGCAGCCGGACCCCCUGCUGUGACCUCACACAGGCGGGUACUUCCUGUCUGUGGACCUGUCGCUGA